AUGCCUCUAACUCGAGCACAGUCUCGUACCGCAGUGGAACGCAAAGAACUGAAGCCGACCUCAGGUGUAUCGAAAUCGGACCAAGCCACACCAAGGAAGCGUAGGGCACAGCAAGAGGAAGAAGUAUAUGGACAAGGGAGAAAACAGAAACACCGGCUGCCUUCAAAGAGCCAUUCGAUUCCCCGAAGCGGUAUUGCUGGAAAGAAGUCCGCAAACAAACAGGCCAAGGCUCCGGACGCGGAAAUGAUCAAACACAGAGCCAGGACUAAUUCUACGCGUAUGACCCAGAAGCUCGACAAACUGUUGGCAGAAUAUGGGUGUCUUCCUCUCGCUGACGUGGGAAUACCCUCGCCGAGCAAACCCACGCCACAGACUAUUCUUUCCCAUAUCCUGAAUGCACUCUUGUCUUCUGCACAUAUCUCGCACCAUAUCGCGAGGCGUGCUCUUCUCAAUCUGAUGAAACAGGGUUACUAUGACCUGGAGACACUGAAAGCAAGCACAUGGAAAGAACGAGUAGCCCUAUUGGAUGAAGCAGGAUAUGCUCGUUAUGAUUUUAGCACUGCCACUGAGCUCGGAAAACUAGCAACUUUGGUGAAAAAUAAAUAUGGAUCGGACAUAUCAAGGAUAUUGCCUUCGGAAACGGACGCUGAGUCAGGGCGUAAGCUGCUCAAAGAGCGCUUGCAGGAGGUCAAUGGAAUUGGUCCCCUUGGUAUCGAAAUCUUUAUCUCAACUGUGCAAGGGGUUUGGCCGUCGCUUUGCCCAUUUCUUGGCAGUCGCGACUUACAGGUAGCUGAGCAAAUAGGUUUGGGCAAAGAUGUGAAUGCCAUCUAUGAGUUGCUGGGUGGAAACCCUGAGCAGAUGGCAAAACUGAGCACUGCGCUUACAAAGAUCAGGCUGGAGAAACACGUCAAGGAAUACUUAGAGUGA